GUAGAAAAUUGGGAGACAUGGGCUCAACAAAUUCCUUGUGAUGUGCUCUCAAUGCAUCCGCCUCAGUGUCACCUUCACAGGCAGCAAUCCGUGUGACUUUUCCCGGUUGUUGGCUCUUCAUGGCAUGGAAGAAGAAAAUGUAGGACUGAAAGUUUUGCUUGGGUGAACAUCCCGUGGAGAAAACGACGUGAUAUUGGACACCAUCUCCUCGGAGUGGUGAUGAUAGUGCCCCCACUGAUGAAUCCACUGACUGAAUUUUUCUUUCUUGGGCAGCAGCACCAGGUGGUGGUGAUUCUCCUUCAUCAGCGGUUGUUGUUGAAGCCACAGGAUUGUUGUUCAAAACCAACCCAGCCGCUGGCAUGAGAUGGUAUAUAUUCAGUGCCAGAAACAGGGCUCCAAAGCCGACGGUCAGCAUCAUGAAUUGCGUCGAUGUCAAAAGCCCUCCCCCCUUUUGACCGCCACUUCUUGGGUUCUUCAGCUGCCGUCGUGAAUUGUUGGCCCUGCGAACCAUGGUUUCUUCCUAUCUAUCUUUAUCGUCAGAUGGAUCAAUGAUUGGGGGCGAAACCGAAUAUAGUCUAACCGAACGCGAUUUUGGUUGGUGUGGCGGUUAUUGCGCCAUGGUCGAGUUUUCCGAUCAAAGAGGAUCUUGCUUUUCACUUUUAGCCUUAACUUUAACCCCAUUUUGCGAAAGAUUUUCAAACCAAAUCGAUCGUAUUCGAAGGUCUAAAAAAAUGCCGAGAGAGAUCAUUUAUUUUUUGUUUGGAGAACUGUUGAUUGAUUGGAAAUAGAAUAAGAGAGCAACCAUGGCCUCCAGCAGUAGCGAUAUCGACAAGCUGUUCCAAGCCUUUGGCGACCUGAACAAGAUGUUUGGUUCUUGGGAGAACUUGUUGGACGCGUUUGGCUUGCUGCACAUGCCGACGGCGCAACGCUACGGCAUUCUCUUUGGCUGUCUGACCUUUGCCGGCACCAUUGGCGCCGUCCUCUGCUUGCUCGCAUUUGGAGGUUCCUUUCAGCGCAUAGCCGAACAAGAAGAAGGAGAUGUCACGGUUGUACACUCUCACAUGAUCCGAUCCGAACGAGCUCUCUUGCUGGAGCGAUUACUAGACGCGAGAGAACGAAUGGCCAAAUUUUAUCCACCCUUGAUGGUCAAGGAGGGAAUGCUCUCCAAUUUAACUCAAUUACUCUUGAACGAACAUGGCACCAUUGUGGAAAAUUCCAGCAAGGACGAUGAAAAGAAGGAUGGAGACCCUAGGACCAGUAGUAGUGCUGUCAAGAGACAGUUCCCCCCAGGCUAUCAGGCCAACUAUGAAGUGGCGUAUCGCCGAUGUCAAGAUGCUCCUGGUGGACCGGCAUUGACGGGACAACCAGAAGCUCGCUAUGAAGCCUAUGCUCGAGGGUUUGCCGCUUGUGGCAAUUACACCAACCUCUCCUAUCGGCGCUCCUAUGCUCGUGUCUACGAAGCGGUAUCCUGCGAUAAUCACAAAACAGACGACAAAUACUCCAAGCUAUUCAAAGAACGUCCUCAGGAUAUCAUUGGCAAACUAGUGCGACUGGAAGCACUCGAACCAGACCGGCAUUUGAACCAGGUCUUUGACUUGACGUCGGGGGCUCCCGAUCUGGAAACCAAAUCCUAUGAUCCAGAAGAAGUAUGGGGAUUCCUAGAAGAAGGACCCUUUCGCAACAAACAGGAACUUGCCAAAUCAUUUGUCUUUCAACGAAAAAUCAAUGAAGCUGCCUUUGCCAUUAUCAACAACAUUACCGACAAAUUGGUGGGAGUGGUACUCCUCACAAACGACAAUCCUCAAAAUUUGGGAAUUCAACUGGAACCACCCAUCAUGCGUCCCACCAUGGAUGGCAGUCAGGAACAACUCGAGGCGUGUUAUCUGUUGUUGGAUCGACUCUUUGCGCUCGGAUACCGUCGCUGCCAAAUGUCAAUGGAUCAUCAGGACGCACCCGCGCGGAAAUUGGCCCUGCGGUUGGGAUACACUUUGGAGGGCACGGUGUUUAAGCACAUGAUUGUCAAAGACUCCAGUAGAGACAGCGUGCUCUACGGAUUACUCAAUAGUGACUGGGAUAAGGGAGCUCGUUUUGCCUUGUUCAAGAAACUGUACGGAGUUGCUGCCGCUCAAGCUGAUGUUCGCAACCGAAAGAAAGAGGAGGAGAUGGAUGAACAAAAGAGGGUUCUGGCACUCAACGCCGCCAAGGAUAAGAAUCUAUAGACUUUCUGACUGCAUGCUUGGUACAGUAGUCAUGUUGUGACGCUUAACAGCACAGUCUAGCUACGGUAGAUGCAGGAAGAUAACUCUUAGUACACGGUAUUGUAGGUCUAACUAUUAACAGCUAGAUCCUCUGUGAUACCAAUUCCUAAAACUAGUCUACUAGAGCAGAAACUACGUGUGUCCCACCGAGUUCGCUGAUUUCGAGUUUUGUUGCUAGGUUUUGUUGGACCCCUCCCUUGUCUGAUCUGAUCAUGUGCCCC